AUGUCUUCUAGUGAUAUUGAUAACAGCAUCAAAAACAUUAAAAUCAGCAAUAGUGGUGCACUGGGAAAUGACGAUGAACAGUCAGAAAUAGCCAAUUAUUAUGCAGGUAAAACUAUCUUUAUAACAGGAGCCUCUGGUUUCAUUGGCAAGCAAGUUUUGGAAAAGUUACUGAGAAGUUGUGGAGGAGUCAAGGCCAUUUAUGUCUUAAUGAGGUCGACAAAAAGGCACACUUCCAGUGAGAGAUUGCAGUUAAUGCUUAACUCCAAACUGUUUCAUAGAAUGACAGAGUUAGACGGUGAGCUAGUCAACAAGGUUUUUGUGUUGGAAGGUGACAUAUCUAAACCUCAUUUGGGCCUGAGGGAUGCUGACAUUCAGAAAAUUAUCAGUCAAGUUAAUGUGGUAUUUCAUCUUGCUGCUACUGUUAGCUUUACUGAACCAAUGAGGGUAGCAGUGAGUCUCAAUAUAGUUGGCCUUAGAUCGAUGCUUGAGUUAUGCAAACAAAUUCAACAUCUUCAGGCCUUAGUGCAUGUAUCAACUGCAUAUGCAAACUGUACCCGGAGUCACAUCGAGGAAACCAUCUAUCCUCCUCCCGUCUUUCCUAAAAAAAUUCUCCAUGUUGCUGAAUGGAUGUCAGACGAUGUCUUCCAAUUGAUCACGCCGAUGGUUCUUGAGAAGCACCCAAACACGUACACAUUCACCAAAUCCAUUGCUGAAACCCUUCUCAUCCAGGAACGAGGUACUCUCCCUGUGGCCAUCUACCGGCCGUCCAUAGUCACUGCGUCUUUUCAGGAACCAUUUCCUGGCUGGGUGGAUAAUUUGAAUGGUGCCACUGGGGUGCUUACUGCUGUAGGUAGUGGUUUUUUGAAAUCCGUAUAUGGCAUAGGUUCCUUGUCAGCCGAUCUCGUGCCGGUUGACCUCGUUGCCAACUCCAUCAUUGCUGUCGGCUGGAAACUUGCCUCUCAGAAGAAUCCAUCAUCAGAGGUGCCGGUGUACAACUUUACAUCUGGAACCAGAAAGCCAAUAACAUGGAAUGAAGUUGGAAUUCAUUUGACCGAUAUAUUCAGAAGAUUCCCAAUGGACAAUCCCACAUCUAUCCCGAAAGCGUUUGUGACCAAUAAUCGACUCACUCACGCAUACUUCCUUCGCAUUGAGAUAUUCCUGAGGUUGAUGGCUCUCGAUUUCAUUAGGAGACUUUGUGGACAUAAACCUAGACUGUUGAGAAUCCACGGUAAUGUGAUUAGACUGAUGAACGUGAUGGAGUACUUCACAUCAAAUGAGUGGACAUGGUCGACUGAUAAUGUUGAUAAGUUGUACGGGAGUAUGAACAGGCGAGAUAGGCAGCUGUUCAACUUUGACCUUCGACGUGUACACUGGCCGACCUACUUGGAAUCCUACUGCAUCGGCAUACGUCAGUACACUCUACACCAGGACCUCAAGAACCUUCCAACCGCCAGGAAGACUCUAAAGUGGCUGCUGAUAGCAAGAAGAUUGAUGCUGAUAACCUCCUUCCUGGCUCUCUUUAGAAUUUUUGUUGGCCGGUUUGAGGUGAUAAGUAGCAUGUGGAGGUUUUUCACAAGCUUCAUAUACGGUGUCUUCAAUAAGAUGCCGUGGUUUAUCAAGGCCCGUUAA